AAAUAAAGGCCCAGUCCUGUCCGCGUCCCCUUCCAGUCCGUGUCACGUGUACUCGGUGCAGGCGGAACCAGAGAGCGAUGAGUGCGGAUUCGGCAGUGCGGGAUGACAAUCUGCAGUGCCAAAUUGAUGAAAUUGAAGCACUUUCUUCUAUUUAUGGAGAAGAAUGGUGUACCAUUGAUGAGGCUGCCAGAGUUUUUUGCAUUAAAGUCUCAGAUGGCAUAGAUAAACCAAAAUGGACACUCUGCUUACAGGUAAUUCUUCCUCCGGAUUACCCUGGUGUAUCUCCUCCCAUCUAUCAACUGAAUUCUCCUUGGCUAAGAGGUGCUGAACGUAUGGAACUUUCUAAUAGUUUAGAAGAAAUAUAUGCGCAGAACCUGGGGGAAAGCAUCCUUUACAUGUGGGUGGAGAGGAUCAGGGAAUUCCUUGUGGAGAAAUCUCAAAACACUGACUCAGCAGAGAAUUUAGAACCCGACCAAAGGACAGCAGAGAUUUCUGAAGAUGCCGAAGAGGACAUUGCUGAUGGAUUUCAUGUUCUCGGACCAAUACAGCCUUUAAUUUUAUCUGAUGAGUUAGAAGAUGAGGAAGAGCUACUUAUCAAACAUGGAGAACCAUUCACAGAUAGGCGAAGUACCUUCCAGGCUCACCUUGCUCCAGUGGUAACAACUAAACAGGUGAAACUUGUGCUUAAUAAACUGUAUGAGAAUAAGAAGAUUGCAAAUGCCACCCACAACAUAUAUGCUUACAGAAUAUAUUGUGAGGACAAGCAGACCUUCUUACAAGAUUGUGAAGAUGAUGGAGAAACAGCAGCUGGGGGGAGGCUGCUUCAUUUAUUACAGGCCUUCAACACUUUCCAAAAAAACUUGGGACAGAGGCAAAUUAGAGCCAGUAAUGAGAUUUUGGAUGUGCGCAAUGUGAUGGUGAUUGUGUCCCGAUGGUUUGGAGGCAUUCUGCUUGGCCCUGACCGAUUUAAGCAUAUCAACAACUGUGCAAGAAAUAUUCUUAUGGAUGAAUGCUACAUUGACCCAGUGGAUGAUUCAGCCAAAUCUGCAGACAAGAAAAAGAAACAAAGAGGCAGAAGGGGAAAAUGAAUUGUUUGAUUUACUUGAAGGUUUUCUGUCUUGUUCAUUCUAUGCAACAAUGAAGUAUGAACUCAGUUCUCUUUCUUUGUAAAAUGCAACUGUUUGCCUUGAUUGUUACUUUGCUUUGGUAGGGGCCAUAUCUGCAAUUAUUAAUUAUUGAAUCCAUUUUAGUAUUUUGUUCAAAAACAUGAACUCAGUCUAAUAUGAAUUGUUCAAUCUACUUCUGACUAAUUUUUGUUAGAGGGAAUUAUCAAAUUGUACUAUGAUUGCAUUUUAUUGAAAAAAGAGAACAUUAAAUAAUGUAACUUCUCAUUACAACUCCAGUUUUACAAAAUUAGUACAGUCUCCUACCAAAUUAUGCACAAUGGCUACAUACCAAUUUGGGGAUACUGUACAUGGAAAUUCAUAUAAUUCCCUUUUUUGUCUUGCAAAACACAAUAAAGCUGAAUGUUUGCAGUUUUCCCA